UCAGGGAGGAUGAGGGUAAUUUAGCCACAAACUGAAAUGAAGAAAAGACUAAUAUGAAACGUAAUUUGUGAUUUACAAACCUAUCCGUCUAGCCCCGUGUCUUGGGCCGCCGCCCUCCUCCUCCAUUUUCUGUCACCACUCAGCCGCUGUCCUCCGCCAUCAAUUUCUAUCACGAUUCUAGCUGUCCUCCUCCUUCAGCUGCCGGCCGCCCUCAUCCUCCAUUUUUGGUCACGACUCAGCCGCCCUCCUCCACCUUCAUUUUUUGUCAUGAUUCCAGCCGUCCUCCUCCUCCAGCCGUCAUUUUCUUUGGCGAGUUAUUGAUCCAGAAACUGUCUCUUGGCGCUCAGAUGGAAACCCACAGUAGCAGUAGUUGCUAUAUUGUCAACAAUGGUAAUGGCAACAAUAUCAAGUAUAAUUAUAGUAGCAACAAUAUCAACAACAUAAAUGGAGAUGAGAAUAACGAAUGGAGAGCUGAAGAAGCAAUUGCUGGAAAUCAAGCAGCACUCGAAGCUCUAAGGGAACUUAUCCUUUUCCCUAUUUUGUAUUCUCAUGAAGCAAAGAGGCUUGGUCUUAAAUGGCCUAGAGGUUUGCUUUUGUACGGUCCACCAGGAACUGGGAAGACAAGUUUGGUGCGUGCAGUUGUCAGGGAAUGUGGUGCACAUUUGGUUGUCAUCAGUCCACAUUCUGUUCAUAAAGCAUAUGCUGGAGAAAGUGAAAAAAUUCUGCGCGAGGCUUUUUCAGAGGCAGUAUCUCAUACACUGUCAGGCAAGCCAUCCGUUAUUUUUAUAGAUGAAAUAGAUGCACUUUGUCCACGUCGCGAUGCAAGACGGGAGCAGGAUGUUCGCUUAGCCUCUCAACUUUUUGCUUUGAUGGAUGCCAACACAUGCUCAUCUACUUCCUUAGCACAAGUUGUUGUGGUUGCAUCAACUAACAGGGUUGAUGCAAUUGACCCUGCACUAAGAAGGUCAGAGCGUUUCGAUGCUGAAAUAGAGGUUACUACACCUACAGAAGAGGAAAGAUUUCAAAUUCUAAAGCUCUACACAAAGAAGCUUCCUUUGGAGCCUAAUGUUGACUUGCAAGCCAUUGCUGCAUCUUGUAAUGGGUAUGUUGGGGCUGAUCUAGAAGCUUUAUGUCGUGAGGCUACCGUGUCUGCUCUUAAAUCUUCAGAGGCGAGUCAAAAUACUGGUGCAUUUUGCUUAACUAUGGAAGAUUGGAAACACGCAAGAUCUGUGGUGGGCCCUAGCAUAACAAGAGGUGUGACAGUGGAAGUCCCCAAGGUGUGUUGGGAAGAUAUUGGUGGCCUUAAGGAUUUGAAGAAGAAGCUCCAACAAGCUGUUGAGUGGCCUAUUAAACAUUCUGCGGCAUUUUCAAGAAUGGGAAUAUCACCUGUUCGUGGUGUACUUUUACAUGGACCUCCUGGAUGCUCAAAAACAACGCUUGCUAAAGCUGCAGCUAAUGCUGCUCAGACUUCCUUUUUUUCCUUGAGUGGUGCAGAGUUAUAUUCGAUGUAUGUUGGAGAGGGUGAAGCAUUGUUACGUAAUACAUUUCAAAGAGCUCGCCUUGCAGCGCCAAGCAUAAUAUUCUUUGAUGAGGUGGAUGUCCUUGCUGCUAGACGAGGUGGGAGUUCAAGUAAUAGCACUACAGUAGGAGAGAGGCUUCUGUCUACUUUAUUGACUGAAAUGGAUGGUUUAGAACAAACUAAGGGAAUUCUUGUAUUAGCUGCGACAAAUCGUCCUCAUGCAAUAGAUGAUGCACUUAUGCGUCCGGGGCGCUUUGAUUUGGUGCUAUAUGUACCACCACCUGAUUUAGAGGCCCGGUAUGAGAUACUUCAUGUUCAUACACGUAAUAUGAAGAUAGGCAAUGAUGUUGAUCUGAAAAGAAUAGCAGAAGAUACUGAGCUCUUCACAGGGGCUGAACUGGAAGGUCUUUGUAGGGAAGCUGGAAUUGUUGCCCUGAGGGAAAACAUAUCUGCCACUGUUGUGUGCAAUCGACAUUUCCAGACUGUAAAGGAGUCACUGAGACCAGCACUAACCACAACAGGCAUAGAAAAGUAUUCAUCAUUUAUGAAGACCCAGAUGACCUCUUCUAACCUGAUUGAGUCUACUGCUAACAGUAGCAGUAAACAGAGACACAAUGUGUUUGGUACGAUGCUUGCUGUUAAAAUUGGUGUUCUGAGCUUUGUAUUUCUUGCUGCAGCCAAAUAUUUCAUGUAUACAACCAUGGUUAGACCUGGUGCACCAGCAACCUAAAAUUCUUGUGGAGCUUCAGAUUAUAUCUAUUUUUGUAUGUUUUUGCCAUCUUUCAGCGUAGCAAUUUAAUAGAGUUAAUAGGCAGUUAGGUGGAGGGGUUACUACUGGUGGCAUUACUCAGAUUGUUUGAUGUCUAGCAUUAGCAUAGCAGCUUUGAUUUGUCAAAAUGCUUAGUUCGCAUGUAUAAUUAUUUUAUUCUUAAGAGUAUUUUCGCAUAUUCUUAAAAGAGAGUUUAUUUACA